AUGCCACCUGUAGGUAGAGUUGAGCCACUGAUAACUACACUUAUGUGGAGGAACCUGAUUUCACAGGCAUUGUACCAGGUUAUGGUACAACUGGUUUUAGAAUUGAGGGGAAGAUCAAUCUUUCAUGUUACUAACAAGGUCAAGAACACGAUUAUCUUAAAUUCUUUUGUCCUAUGCCAAGUGUUCAAUGAGUUAAAUGCAAGGGAACUGGAGAACAAGAACAUAAUUAAGGGAGUUGGUAAGAAUAGGUUGUUCAUUGUAAUUGUGAGCCUAACUGUUGUUCUUCAGCUAGUGAAGGUUGAGUUUCUGAAAAAGAUACCCAAUACUGAGAGAUUGACUUGGGAGCAAUGGGGUGUUUGUGUUAGCAUUCCAGCUUUGUCUUGGACAAUUGGUGUGCUGGUGAAGUGUAACCCACUUGUUCACAAGAAAAAUUAG